CAGCCACAGAUUCAAAACUUGAGAGGAGGAAUCUAGGUUCAAGCUGCGAGGAGGAAGUUGACCUCAGGAAUCUCGAUUUGCCUCGAGCUUUGUCUCCUAAGCCCGCCUUUCACGUCCUAAGGACUAUCCUCUCGCGUGCUGGCCAUGCUGAUCGGAUCCGUGUGAUUCCACUAGCGGCCAAGUAUCAGUGAAUCCACAGCAUGACGGCAGAUGCGAAGGUCGUCGUGGGGUCGUACGUGUGGGUGGAGGACGCGGAGCAGGCAUGGGUGGAGGGGGAGGUGGUCAAGGUGGAGAAGAAGAAGGUCACCGUCAAAGUCGGGGACAAGGAGACGGUGUACCGGCUGAAGCACAUCCACCCCAAGGAUCCGGACGCGCCGAGCGGCGGUGUGGACGAUAUGACGAAGCUCGCUUACCUCCAUGAGCCGGGGGUCUUGCACAACCUCGCCGUGCGAUACUCGCUCGACGAAAUCUACACAUACACGGGCAGCAUUCUCAUCGCCGUGAAUCCCUUCCAGCGGCUACCCCACCUGUACGACGUGCACAUGAUGGAGCAGUACCGGGGCUCCCGCCUUGGCGAGCUCAGCCCCCACGUCUUUGCCAUCGCUGAAACCUCAUUCAGGGCGAUGGUGGACUACAAGUCGAGCCAGUCCAUCCUGGUGAGCGGGGAGAGCGGUGCCGGCAAGACAGAGACCACGAAGCUGCUCAUGCAGUAUCUGGCGUACAUGGGCGGCCGGGCCACAGAGGGACGAUCGGUGGAGGCGCAAGUGCUCGAGUCGAAUCCGCUGCUGGAGGCGUUUGGGAAUGCCAAGACUGUCAGAAACAACAACUCCAGUCGCUUCGGCAAGUUCGUGGAAAUUCAGUUCGAUGAAUCUGGACGCAUCUCAGGAGCAGCUGUGCGCACGUACCUGCUGGAGCGGUCACGAGUCGUGCAGAUAUCAGACCCCGAGCGCAACUACCACUGCUUCUACCAGCUCUGCUCGGGUGCCUCCCCUGAGGAGGUGGAGAAGCUGAAGCUGGCGCCAGCAGAGACGUUCCACUACCUCAACCAGAGCAGCUGCUUCGAGCUGCCGGGAAAGGACACGAACGCAGACGAGUACAUCAAGACGAGGCGGGCCAUGGACGUGGUUGGGCUCAGCCCCGAGGAGCAGGACGCCAUAUUCCAGGUCGUGGCGGCCAUUCUCCACCUGGGCAACAUCACGUUCGCGCCAGGCAAGCAGCCCGACUCGUCCAAGGUUUCUGGCGACAAGUCCAAGUACCACCUGGAGGCUGCUGCCCAGCUGCUGAGGGUGGAGAAGAAGCAGCUGAGGGAGUCGCUCAUCUCGCGCACGCUGGUGACGCGGGACGGCAACAUCAAGAAGGAGCUCGACCCCGCUGCAGCGCUCAUCAGCCGAGACACGCUCGCCAAGACCAUCUACGCGCGAUUGUUUGACUGGCUCGUUGACAAGGUCAAUAAGUCCAUCGGGCAGGAUCCCAAUGCCAAGACCAUCAUUGGCGUGCUCGAUAUCUAUGGCUUCGAGACUUUCCAGCAGAACAGCUUUGAGCAGUUCUGCAUCAACCUCGCCAAUGAGAAGCUCCAGCAGCACUUCAACCAGCACGUGUUCAAGGCAGAGCAGGAGGAGUAUGAGAAGGAGGAGAUCAACUGGAGCUACAUCGAGUUUGUGGACAACCAGGACGUGCUCGAGCUCAUAGAGAAGAAGCCGAUGGGGAUCAUCUCACUACUCGACGAACAAUGCAUGUUCCCCAAGUCCAACCACGAGACGUUUGCCACGAAGCUGUACCAGACCGUGGCCACCCACCCGCGCUUUGAGAAGCCCAAGCUCUCUCAAACGGACUUCACCAUUGACCACUACGCCGGCAAGGUCACUUAUCAAACCGACCUGUUUCUGGAGAAGAACAAGGACUAUGUGGUGAUGGAGCACCAGACGGUGCUCUCCGAGUCCAAGGACCCCUUUGUCGCCUCGCUCUUCCCCAUCCCCGCCGGUGACAAGGCCAAGACCAAGUUCACCUCCCUUGGCUCCAGCUUCAAGCAACAACUGGCAGAGCUCAUGGCCACUCUCAACCAGACCCAACCGAACUACAUCCGCUGUGUGAAGCCGAACGGCCUGUACAAGCCGCAGCUGUUUGAGAACGCCAACGUCAUUCAACAGCUCCGAUGUGGAGGUGUGCUAGAGGCCAUUCGAAUUAGCUGUGCGGGCUACCCCACCCGGCGCACCUUUGACGAGUUCCUUGACCGCUUCUCCUUCCUUGCGCCUGAGGCGUGCGAUGGCAGCCAGGAUGACAAGGCGGCAAUCACAGCUCUUCUUGACAAGCUUGGCUUCUCCAACUACCAGGUGGGCAAGACCCAGGUGUUUCUGCGGGCGGGGCAGAUGGCGGAUCUAGAUGCGAUGAGGGCGGAGAAGCUGGGGGAGGCGGCGAAGGUGAUCCAGAGGGCGUUCAAGGCGUAUCAGCAGCGCCGCGUCUUCCAGCGCCUGAGGGCGGGGGUGCUGCGAGUGCAGGCGCUGUGGCGAGGCCACAAGGCCCGCCUGCAGUACGAGAGCAUUCGGCGGAACGGAGCAGCAGUGCGGCUGCAGAAGCACGUGCGGCGGUUUGUGGCUCAGAGCAAGUAUCGGCGGACACGGCGGGCGGCAGUGGUGGUGCAGUCGGGGGUGAGGGGCAUGGCGGCUCGCAAGCAGGCGAGGGAGUUGAGGCAGAACAAGGCCGCUGUGAAGAUUCAGACCAAGUGGCGGGGCCACGUGCAGCAGCAGGAGUAUGGGAGGCAGAAGAGGAGCGCCAUUGUCCUCCAGUCUGCAUGGAGGGGCAGGGCUGGUCGCCUGGAGCUCAAGAAGCUCAAGCACGACGCGAAGCAAACAGGGGCGCUGCAGGAGGCGAAGACGAAGCUGGAGAAGCAGUGUGAGGAGCUCACGUGGCGGCUGCAGCUGGAGAAGCGAAUGCGGUUGGACAUGGAGGAGGCGAAGACAGCAGAGAUCCAGAAGCUGCAGUCGGAGCUGGAGGGAGCAAUGAGGAAGGUGGACGAGGCGCAGGCAGAGACCCACGAAGCCAAGGCCGAGUCCCAGCGCCUCUCCCACGAGCUGACCACCCAGUCCGCUCAAAUCGCCUCCAGAACCCACGACCCUGAGAGCCUAGCUGCUGCUGCUGCUGCGGCUGCGGCUGCUGCUUCAGGGGCACAUUUAGGUGUCACUUCCUCUGCAUCUGCAUCUGCUGCGCUUGCCGCUGCUGGUUCUCUUUCCUCCUCUGCAGUCGCAGCAGCCGCUGUUGCCACUUCCUCCCCUCCCCGCCGUGCGCUUUCCACCCCAGGGUCCCCCUUUAUCACACCUACAACAACCACCCUCCCUGCUUCUGCCGCCGCGUCUCUCGCCACAUCCGCCGGGUCAUUCAACCUCGGCAGCUCCGCUCUCUCUGCUGCUGCUUCUGAGGGGGGGGGUCUUGCUGCUGCGGCGAGCAAGGAGCUGGCGCUGGAGAACGUGAAGCUGAAGGCGCUGCUGGCGGAGAGUGACGAGAGGGUGGCGCAGCUGGAGGCGGAGGUGAAGGAGGAGAUUGAGAAGCGGGAGAGGGUGCUGGAGGAGACGCAGGAGGAGCUGCGGAAGGUGCAGGAGCUGUGCGUGCGGCUGGAGGAGCAGGUGAAGAACGCGGAGCAGGAGAACCAGGUGCUCAGGCAGCAGGCGCUGAACGCCGCCAUGCCAGCCAAGGCCGGGCUGCCCCGUGGCCCGCUGCCUGCCUCGCUGUACUCGCGGCAGCAGCUGGAGAAUGGGAUGCCCUCGCCCACCACCCCUCGCUCGCAGAUGCUGCACCCACCGGAGUCGCCGCAGGGCACCCCUGCCACGCCCAGUGAGGUGGAGAGCAAGCGGCUGAAGCAUCUGAAUGACAGGCAAACUCAAGACCAGGACGCGCUCUUGAAGGCGAUAGUGAGCGAGCUUGGGUUCGACAGCAGCCGGCCGGUGGUGGCGUGCCUGACGUACAAGGCGCUGCUGCACUGGCGGUCGUUUGAGGCGGAGCGCACGAACGUGUUCGACCGCAUCAUCCAGACCAUCGGGGGGGCCAUUGAGAACCAGGAGAGCAACGCCAAGCUGGCCUACUGGCUGGCCAACACGAGCUGCCUGCUCUUUCUGCUGCAGAGGACGCUCAAGGCGAGCGGUGCACCGGGGUCCCAGGCGCAGAGGAGGAGGGGCGUGAGCCAGCAGACCCUGUUCGGCCGCAUGACUCAGAGCUUCCGUGGCUCUCCCACGACCCCCACAGGGGUGGUGGGGGCGAGUGGAGGGCUGGAGCACAUCCCUCAGGUGGAGGCCAAAUACCCCGCGCUGCUGUUCAAGCAGCAGCUCACCGCAUAUGUGGAGAAGAUCUAUGGGAUGAUCCGCGACAACCUCAAGAAGGACAUCUCACCCACGCUGGCCCAGUGCAUCCAGGCCCCCCGCAUCUCUCGAUCGGCCUACGGCCGGCACUCGUCCAACCGAGGAGCGCCCGCAGUGGCGACAGCCUCCCAGGCGCUGAGCAGCCACUGGGGCAGCAUCAUCUCAAGCCUCACCGCGCUGCUGACGACACUCAAGGCGAGCCACGUGCCGUCCUUCCUGGUGCGCAAGCUGGUGACCCAGAUCUUCUCCUUCAUCAACGUUCAGCUGUUCAACAGUCUGCUGCUGCGUCGCGAGUGCUGCUCCUUCAGCAACGGCGAGUACGUCAAGGCGGGGCUGGGCGAGCUGGACCACUGGCUGCAUGAAGCAACGCAUGAGUACACCGGAAAUGCGUGGGAGGAGCUCAAGUACAUUCGCCAGGCGGUCGGCUUCCUGGUUAUCCACCAGAAGCCCAAGAAGAGCAUGCAGGAGAUCACGACGGACCUGUGCCCCGCACUGAGCAUCCAGCAGCUGUACCGCAUCAGCACCAUGUACUGGGACGACAAGUACGGCACGCACACCGUGUCCAGUGAAGUCAUCUCCGAGAUGCGGAGGAGGAUGAGCGACGAGAGCAACGCCUCGGCGAGCAAUUCUUUCCUGUUGGACGAUGACUCCAGCAUCCCUUUCUCUGUGGAGGACAUAUCUAAGAGCACGCACGAGAUCGACCUGCGAUCGCUGCAGCUGCCGCCAGCCAUUCGAGAGAACAGCACCUUCCAGUUCCUCCUCACGCACUAGAGUCAGCAUUCCUCCUCACGCACUAGAGCCAGCAUUCCUCCUCACGCACUAGAGUCAGCAUUCCUCCUCACACACUAGCCUCUCUAUUCCUCCUCAGGCUCUAGCACCCAGACCCUCUUCAAGCAGCAGCUCUCAAAUCCUAUACAGGUGCUAGCUUACCUUCGCCCAUUUUUCACUAGCCUCCUGUUCCACCUCCAAUUAAAUAUUCAGCAGCAGCUGCUGCUGCGCAUUAGAUGCCCCAGCAGCAGAAGCUGCCCGUCAAGGCGCUUUAGCAGCAGCAACAGUUGCCUGUUAUAUGCAACAGCAGCCUUUUUAUUUGGAGCAGUAGUGCUGCUGCUAGCAGCAGCAGCGACAGCUGCAGAAGCAAGACCAGCGCAAACGACAGAAGCACCUCGCUAUGUCUUCAAGUAACUCACUCAACAGUGGUCUCCAUCCAGCCUUCGUAUGAUACUUGCUCCUCCCCAGGAAGGAAUGGUGAUGGUGAUGGGUGGUGGGAGGAAGGAGGGUGUGGUGGGUAAUGUGUGUUGAACUUAGAAGUUGGAUGGUCUGGGUUCCGAAAGCAGUUGCUCCAAAUCCAGGGUGUAAAAACUGGUGGUGAGACAUCAGCUACUUGGUCUGAGUUCCGAAAGUAGUUGCUGUCAACUUAUACAUUUGUAAUGUAUGUCUAGUUGUAGGCUAGACAGGUAUGUGCUCUUAAAGAGUACAACCCUGUAUGCCCUUGCUUAGUUCACUUUUGCUACUCUGA